UUACUAUGGAGUUUUAACAGAUGUGAUUGAGUUGCAAUUCGUCAUGGAUAGAAGAGUGGUUUUAUUUCGUUGUAAUUGGUUUGAUGUGUGUGAUGAAAUAAAAGGAGUUAAGAAAGAUGAGUAUGAUUUUGUGAGUGUUAAUCCCGAUAGAUUCUUGAAAACAAAUGAGCCAUUUGUUUUAGCGGACCAAGCAUCUCAAGUGUUUUAUGCUAAUGAUAAUUCCAACAAAGGUUGGCAAGUAGUGAGGAAGACUCAACCUCGUGAUUCCUAUGAGAUUGUGGAACAAAUGGAUGAUGAUAUUGUAGAGUUAGGAAGUCCUUCACAAAAGAAACGUAAAAGAACUAAUGAGGUUCAAGAUGAAACCAUUGAAGACUGAAAAAGAGGCUGACUCAUCUAUGAAGAGUACUAUUAGAUAUACAUUUGUCGCGCCUGGUGCUAUUGGAAAGGGACGAGGACGAGGGCUUAAAUCUUUGGCUGAGAGAAGAGACUUAUCAACUAAGAGUUUUGUGUCUCAAUCUAGUGAUCUGGUUAAUGAGUACAUGCAAGAAAUUGAAACAAGGAAGGGUCGAGGGCAAAGACUUACAAACUCUAGUGUGUUAACUAGUCAAGGAAUGACAAUGAUACCUAAGAACUCCAUCGAUCUUGAGAAAGAGAACAAGCAAAUUAACCGUUCAGCUCAUGCAUCGACUAAUCUAGGGAAGGGUCGAGGACAAGGACUUACAAACUAUACCUUGUUUACUAGUCAAGGAAUGAUAACGAUACCUAAGAACUCCAUCGAUCUUGAGAAAGAGAACAAGCAAAUUAACCCUUCAGUUCAUGCAUCGACUAAUCUAGGUUCUACAGGGAAGGGGCGCGGACAAGGACUUAAAAGCUCUACUUUGUGUACUAGUCAAGGAAUGGGAAUGAAAUAUAACAACUACAUGACUUCUGAAUCUGAAGUGGGAUGUAUCAACAAGAGUGCUCUUUAUGCUAAUCAGUAUAUUAAAACUCCUCCUAUAAGCACAAGAGCAAAUUCGACCAUGUCGUCUAGUCAAGAAAUGCAAACAAUGGAUAAAUCGAUUCUUGAGAAAGAGGAUAUGCAAACUAAUCUUUCAUUGCCUCCAUCAAUUGAUCAAGUUAUGGAACAUUCUCAAACAACUGAAAAAGGUUCAUCAAAUCCUACAAAGGUAAGAAGAGUUCGAGGGAGCAAUAUGUGCAAAGAAGUUGCUUCACUUGAAAAUGGAGAAAAGCUGAAAGUAACAUUUUACAAUAAUCGAACUGUUGGAACAAAUAGCAAAUUAUUUUCGAGGCAUUUGGGAAAAAUUGUUCGUGACCGUAAUAUAUGUCCGUUGGGAGUAACCUCUUGGAGUGAUAUUAAGCAAGAGAAGUUAAAUCACAUGUGGGUAGCUGUUGAGCACAAAUUUGAGGCUGUUGACAUGAAUGAUCAUCGUGAUCAUAUCUUGGGAUGGAUGAAUGAGUUAUGGAACAAAUGGAGAGGACACUUGCAUGCAAAAUAUGUGAAGGAUAAGCCCAUUCAACAAUCUCUCAAGAAUAUCCCAAGGGGAGUAGACAAAAAAGAAUGGGAAUGGUUAGUAAAGGAACAUUUUACUUCUGAAAGUUUUCAGGCAAGAAGCAUUAGAAAUGCAACAAACCGAUCUAAGUUAAAGAUGCUUCAUCAUAUUGGUAGCAAACCUAUUCGAGAGAUUAUUUAUCAAAAGGGUGGGAAAGAUGGCAAUCCACCAGAUUUGGCGUCUAUUUUCUUUGAGACUCGUAAGAAAGAUAACAAGCUUGUUGAACCUGAAGCAAUUGAAAAACAUGCUCAACUUGAGGAAGUGGUUCAAGAAGAUCCAUCUCUAUCUAGUAUAGAGAUUGUUGAAAAAUGUUGUGGACCACAAACUCGUAGCCAUGUAUUUGGAUUUGGGGGUGGAGUAAAGGCGAAAGAUUUGAAAGGUGGAACUUCUUCAAAGGCUGAACUAUUGUCCGCUCUACGUUCAACUCGAGAUGAUAACAAAUUCUUGAAUGAAGAAAACAAAUCCUUGAAUGCGGAAAACAAAUCCUUGAAUGAUCGCUUGUCUACCUUAGAAAAUGAGAUGAAAGAAAUAAUGAAAAUGAAAGAAUUAUUUGCUGCUCAACAAUCACAUGUUCCACCUACAAUAUCGCCUGUUUCAACUGAAUGACAAUUGUUCUGCUGACCAACAGCUUUUGUUGAUGUUUCUGGAUGGCACUUGAUGAAGAUCGGAACUUUAAUUUUUUUUGCCUAGCUUUUGUUCAUUCUCCAGUGCAAGAUACAAGUUUAGAAGAAGAUGAAUGAGCUCACUAUUAGUUUGCUACAAAUUUUAUGCAAAACUUGAUGUCAUAGUCUAACUUGGAUGUUAGCUAUUUUUUUUUUGGUUAAGGAAGUAUUGAAACUAAUAUCAUGGAUGUAAACUAGUUUAUUCUAAUU